CUGUUUUCUUGAACAUUCAUGGAUGAUUAUUUGAAUGGUACAUACAUAACUCUGAGCGGGUAUGUUGAAAUGGAAAAAUACAGAUAUUUGUAUUUCACUGUUAUGUUUUCAGUGUAUAUCUUAAUAAUCUGUAGUAAUGCUACUAUUGUGUACCUGAUCUGGAUCCACAAAAACCUCCAUGAGCCGAUGUACAUCUUCAUUGCAGCAUUACUGUUUAACUGUGUUAUUUACAGCACUACUUUUUACCCAAAGCUUUUGAUUGACUGCCUCUCUAAAAAACAGGUCAUAACAUAUUCAGGUUGUGUAUUUCAAAAUUUUGCAUUUUAUUCUGUAGGAGGUUCAGAAUUCUUGCUGAUAGCAGUCAUGGCCUUCGACAGAUACGUGUCAAUAUGUAAACCUCUCAGAUACCAAACUAUCAUGAGAAAAACUACAGUGAAAUAUCUCCUGGUGUUUGCUUGGGCAAUCCCUCCAUGUCAUCUUGCUGUGCAAGCAGUACUGAAUGCGAAAGCUAAGAUAUGUAACCAUAAUUUGAAAGGAAUAUUUUGCAAUAAUACUAUUUACACAGUUCACUGUGUGAGAUCAAGAGCAGCAACUAUAAUUGGGCUUGCUAUUUUAUUAGAUGUUGCAGUGCUUCCAAUGCUCUUUACAGUUUUCACAUAUACAAAGAUAUUUGUAAUGGCUUAUCAGAGCUGUAAAACAUUUAAGAGAAAGGCUGCUGAGACUUGCUUACCACAAUUGUUGGUUUUAAUUAGCUUUUCUUAUUUGUGUGUAUAUGACAUAGCCAUAGCUCGAGUGGAGUCUGAUUUUCCAAAAACUGCACGCUUUAUAAUGACACUGCAGUUGUUUCUCUAUCAUCCUUUACUUAAUCCUUUCAUAUACGGGCUCAAAAUGAAAGAAAUUUCUAAACAUCUGAAGAGGCUGUUUAGUUUAGGCAAAGUCUAA